AUGGCACAGAUCAAAGGGCUCAAUGCCCAUGAGCGGCCUCCUGAUACUGUCAGGCAAUGCUACAAGAAAUAUUCAAAGAUCGCUCUGUCCGAAAUAGACCAUGAUCCUGAUAUCUUGGACCUGCAGCGGAUAGACGCCGACCAAUUGCCCGACGGUAUUUCACUGGCCCAAUACAUGUCCAGCCAAGACCUCCGACUAGCAUUUGACGACUUCAUUCGUGGAAGCCAUCCUUUCGACAAGGAAGAUGCUCCUUUGGCAGAGAAUAUACCAGUUUUCACCCACAAUUCAGUUUCCGGUCUUCUUAUGAUCCCUUCCCUCUUCCCACCUACGGUUCAGAUCGAAUUGUUAUCGCGUCUUUUCCAUCGGGAUUUGCCCAAUCCUGAACAUAAGACCAACCUGCACCUGCAUUACGAUGUUACAUACCCCGAACGUUCCCAAAACCCCACUAUACCUCAAUCCUUCUUCGCAGACGAUCCAACCCGGUUGAUACAGCCCAAAGAUCCAAACAUUCAUAAACCUCUGAGCGUUCAAAAGGUCCUGGAAAAGAAACUCCGCUGGGUCACCUUAGGCGGACAGUACAACUGGACUGACAAGAUGUACCCCGCCGAAACUCCGCCGCCAUUUCCGGAAGAUGUUGUGAAGUUGCUGAAGGCUGCGUUUCCUGAAACUGAAGCUCAAGCAGCUAUUCUGAAUCUGUACUCGGCCGGAGAUACCCUCUCCGCCCAUCGUGACGUGAGCGAGACUUGUGACGUGGGGCUGAUCAGCGUGAGCUUCGGCUGCGAUGGUCUAUUUCUUGUGAGCCAUGACGAUGGAAGUGGUGCCGAGAUCAUUCGCCUUCGAUCUGGCGAUACCGUUUACAUGAACGGCACAUCACGAUUUGCCUGGCACGGGGUACCAAAGAUCUUGCCGUCGACCUGCCCCAACUGGCUGGCAGACUGGCCAUGUAUUGGACCCGAUGACCGGGAUUCUCCAAAUGACUCCUACCAUAUGUGGAAGGGCUGGAUGUCUGGAAAACGUAUUAAUCUAAAUGUUCGCCAGAUGACCAGCCUCCCUGUUCGUUGA